AUGCUGAACCAAGCAACACAGAAGCUCUCCAAGAUGCAUAUUCGACGGAACCCCAAUCUGUCUAUUCAGUCCACAGCGGCGUAUAGCCAGCUUACGCCCCCAGUGCUGUCCGCUACUUCCGGCGCUUUCUUGAGCCCGAAUCUGGACCGCAGGGGCCUGCUCUCACGCUCACCACCUGCUUCGCCCAGCCUUCCGUCUUUGAUUCCCCGCCAUGGGAAGAAGCAGCCACAACCUUCCCACACGCGCUUGAUCAAACGUAUUCUGAUCGGAGGUCUGGCAGUCAUCCUCCUGCUCUGGCUGAUAGUCCGCCAACUGCAUGCAUCCGCUCAGUCUUCCGCGAGCUACGAUGGAGACGGCGAGGAGUGGGAAAUGGCUGGAGGAACCCAGCUACCCCAGGAGCCGUCCGUCGUCGCCACGGCUGAUAACACAGGAAAUAUGAGGUGGACCGUGUCUAUUCCGUCGACCUUUGACUUCCCGCUGCGGCCGGCUCAGUACCGCGACAUUUGCCACCAAGCCAUGGAGGUGUCCAGGGAUAUGCUUCAGGAGUCGCGGACGUCUUCCGGUUUUGCGAAACGCAUGCUGGACUACUACCAGAAGGAUCAGUUCUACAUCGAUGUUCAGGAGGCGGAGGAGCAGUCGCUAUUGCCCCCGUCCAAGGCGAGCGGGAGGCCUAAGGGGUUUGUAGAGGAUGAUUCAAUUGCGGAUGGGUUCUCGACUGCUGGCCUCAAAGUCUGUGAUAGGAGUUUGACGUAUGUCUUGGAGACGGACGAUGCGGGUUUUGGGAACUCGCUGAUGCGGUUGUGGAUGGCGUACGGUUUGGCGAAAGCUGAGGACCGUACAUUCUUCAUCGAUGACAGCAGGUGGCCGUAUGGCAAGUACCUGUCGUACUUUGUCAACCCUCCUACAGCGGGAUGUCUUCCGCCGCCGAAGCCGCAUAUGGUUCCUUGCCCACACAACGCCCGUCAUAUCGUCGUCUCCGCAGCCACGGUCCAGUCCACGUUCGGUCAUGCUUUCACGGAAGAAUGGGAGGACCCAACCAAGAUGCGUGUCCAGCGCCAGCACAAGAUCUUCAAAUUGCUGCACACCGGUUACGAAGCGCUCUUCAAGCUGCGCACCGACGACGCAAAGUACGUCUUGAACCGCGCCCUGGAACUUUACGGCGACAUCAAAUCCGAAGGCGGCAUCAGCAUUGGCAUGCACGUCCGCCACGGCGACAAGCACCCGCUGGAAUACCAGUACCAGAAGGACUACAUCCCACUGGCGCGCUACACUGAAGCCGCACGCGAGAUCUACAUUGAGCUGGUCGAGAACGGCGGCGCGGCGUCGAAAAAACGCAGCGCCGACUCCAGCACCGCGCUGCUCGCGCGCCACACGACAUCCAAGAUGGUCCUCGCCUCUGACGACCCGCUCGUCUACGAGUCCGCAGAACUCGGCCCCAACUCAAUCCGCGCCCAGGACCACAUCAUGCUCGCCACAAAGCAGGCGCUCGAAGCCGCUCAGGGCAAGAAGAAUCCCUGGAUCGACGAGAUCACCGGCUGGGAGGGCGGCUUCUACCGCGACGUCUUCUUCAGCCUCGGCCAGCCCGUCGGCAACGCGAAGGAUAUGCAGAAGCUCGAUAGCAAUAACGUGCCUGAGCAAGCCAUGAGGCUCAGGGAGCUGGUUGGGCGAGCGUAUUUGCUCGAUCUGGCGGUGCUGAGUAGGGCCGAUACGAUGGUCUGUACGGUCAGCAGUGCGGCG